AUGUCUACCGUCCCCUUUAAUAUCCAUGGAUGCACCUCUCGACCCCAAGUCUACUGCAUAAACAAUACUUCAAAAGACCCUCCUUCGAAAAACAGUUACUUCCAGAUUCUAACCCCCCCAGCCAUGCCGCAAAUCCACGAUCGCAUCCGCGACGACCUCCUGAUCAAGGAACGCUCGCUCUGGACCGCCCUGACCUCGGCCAACCCCGGCCCCGAGAUCGAACGGCUGUCCAACCCGGAAGCCAACUUUCUCUUCCCCGGCAAGCCCGUCCUGACGCUCGACGGAGAGCCGUCCCUGUCCAAGGAGCUGCGGCCGCCGUUCCACCAUUUCGACCAGUUCCAGCUGGAGGAGGUGCGGGUGAUUGUCAUCGACUUGAUGGCGGGCACGGUGACCUACAAGAUUAAUGCGACGCGCGGAGACGAGUCGUAUGUCGGGACUGGGUCGACGACCUGGAGUCAGGCGUCGGAUGGGGAGUGGCGGAUUGUGACACACACGGAGACUUUGAUGUAA